GAACAACAACAAAGAAAAAAAGCCCUUCAUGAGAAAAGAAUGAUGUCUUUCAACAAAGGAAAAGAAAUAAUUGAAGGGUCUUCGAGAUCGGUUACAGCCGUGGUGGGGGUUGAAAACCCGCCGCGGUUGAGCCGAUACGAGUCACAGAAACGGAGGGAUUGGAUCACAUUCGGGCAAUACUUGCGGAACCGAAGGCCACCGGUGGCGAUUUCUCAGUGUAACGCUAACCAUGUGCUCGAUUUCCUCGGUUAUCUCGAUCAGUUCGGUAAGACUAAGGUACACUUACAAGGUUGUAUGUUCUUCGGCCAACCUGAACCACCGGGACCUUGUGCUUGUUCCCUUAGGCAAGCAUGGGGUAGUCUCGACGCGCUUAUUGGCCGAUUACGUGCCGCUUACGAAGAAAACGGUGGGUCGCCGGAGACGAAUCCGUUCGCUAACGGCGCCAUAAGGAUUUACCUUCGUGAAGUGAGGGAUUCACAAGCUAAAGCAAGGGGUAUCCCUUAUAAGAAGAAGAAAAAAAAGAAGAACCCCUUGAAGGGUAAUGAAGAUAACUCGAGCUUCCCUACACAGCAAACUUGAAACUGGCCCCAAAUAAAAUUCCAAGAGUUGCAACUACAUAUCAGUACGUCCAAGCUCCCAUCUUUACUCAGAAAUUGCUACCAUUUCCUCCUUGGAUCAACAUAAAUAUUGGGUCUUUAUUCUGUGUUUUAAAAUGAGAAGCAAUGCUGGAAAUGGGACUAUAUAUAUAUGUAUAGAUGGAACCGGGAUUGAAGAGGUAAGUUGCUUUUGUCUUUUGUUAUAUUUCCUUUUCCAUGUCAGUUAAUUACAAGUACAAUGUUGUCCCAUGAACUAGUACAUGUUAUAGUGUUGCAAAUUAAUCACUAUUAUAGUAUAU